AUGCGUGGUCUACGUCCCGAGCUUCUUGCUCGGAGAUCAUGGACGUGUACUCAAUGUCGCGCUUUGUCCUCGUCCGCCAGCGCAAACGUUCGCAAGUCGAAGACUAAUCUCCCCGACGGCCCAGCACGAACGCGAUUUGCGCCCUCUCCGACCGGAUAUCUCCAUCUGGGGUCGCUUCGCACCGCUCUGUUCAAUUAUCUUCUCGCAAAGCGCACCGGUGGUCAAUUCCUGCUGCGCAUUGAAGACACUGAUCAGAAACGUACAAUUCCCGGAGCGGAGCAGCGACUUUACGACGAUUUGCGAUGGGCCGGCUUGCAUUGGGACGAGGGUCCUCUCGUGGGUGGAUCGUUUGGACCUUAUAGACAGUCUGAGCGAACCGCUCUCUACCAAGAGCAUGCCAAUGAACUGGUUUCAAAGGGUCAUGCGUAUCGAUGCUUCUGCUCCGCCGAUCGCCUCGAUACGCUAGCAAGACAUCGCAGUCAAGCAGGGCUUCCUUCUGGUUACGAUAGAAAAUGCGCCGAUAUUUCCAGCGCAGAGUCAGAGGAAAGAGCAGCAAAGGCCGAGGCUCAUGUUAUUCGAUUAAGGGUUGAUAAAUACCCCUUGUUCAAGGAUCUGGUAUAUGGUAAGACGGGCCAAAACAAAACCAACAGCAGCAAGUUGGACUUGAUUGAUCGUGUCUACGAUGACCCCAUCCUCAUGAAAUCCGAUGGAUUCCCCACAUAUCAUCUCGCCAAUGUGGUGGACGACCAUUGCAUGAAGAUCACUCAUGUCAUUCGAGGAACUGAGUGGAUGCCCUCCACGCCAAUGCAUGUCGCGUUAUACCAGGCUUUCGAUUGGACACCGCCGCAGUUUGGUCAUGUCCCCUUGCUCGUCGACAAAAGUGGACAGAAACUAAGCAAGCGGAACGCAGACAUAGAUCUUUCAUCUUUCAAGGAUCAACAGGGAAUCUUCCCUGCGACUUUGGUCAAUUUUGCAGCACUCCUAGGCUGGUCACAUACUCAGAAAUCCGAUGUGUUCAGUUUGGAAGAGCUGGAGCAGCUGUUCAACCUCAAAAUCACCCGCGGCAAUACUGUUGUCGCGUUCGAGAAGCUAUGGUUCCUUCAAAAGGCUCAUGCACAGCGGUUUGCAGCCAACGGCGGUCCUCAGUUUGAGCAGAUGGUGAACAGGCUAUGCUCAGUCGUUCUACGCGACUACUCUGGUGAAAAGCUUGACUCAAUCCUCCGCGGCCGGACUCUGGCCGAAUACGUUGCACCUUUGCUGCGUGCAGACGCCAAAACCUACACCACCGCCGAGGACUUUGCCACACGCAACUCCACUUUCUUCACGACUCGCAUCGAACGACCUACCUAUACGCCCGUGGCUGUCUCAGAAUCAGCUGACAUACCACAAGUUCCAAUGCAAGCGCUCCACACGGCAGCUGCGGCUCUCACUCUUGUGCCGCCAGCUCACUGGAAUAUUGAGACACACCGUGCAAACAUUGCCAUGUAUGAUGGCUCGAGCGCCACUGCUACUACUUCCAAUGGGGCGGAAGUCGGUUUGCCAGACAAGACUUUCAAGAAGGAACUGUACCAUUACCUUCGCUGGGCAUUGUCCGCCUCAGCGCCUGGGCCGGGUGUCCCAGAGACCAUGGCUAUUUUAGGGCGGGAAGAGACAGUCCGUCGGAUGCAAGAUGCUAAGGCGCGUACCCAGUCUUUGGUGCCACAGGUAGGGAAACGGGUGCCGCGAGCUUCAGGCGAGAAGAAAUUACAAGAAGACCAGAGUUGGAUGGGCACCUUGGCUCCUAGGAGAUAA